AUGGAGCCUCUGUUCCCGGCCUCCCCACUGACCAGCUGGAAUGCCUCCUCGGCAGCCACAGGCAGCGGCGGCGAGAAUGGGACGCUGGCGGGGCUGGUGCCCUCACCGGGCGCCCGGGCGGUGGUGGUGCCUGUGCUCUACCUGCUGGUGUGCACAGUGGGGCUGGGCGGCAAUGCGCUGGUCAUCUACGUGGUACUGCGUCACGCCAAGAUGAAGACGGUCACCAACAUCUACAUCCUCAACCUGGCCGUGGCCGACGUGCUCCUCAUGCUGGGGCUGCCCUUCGUGGCCACGCAGAACGCCAUCUCCUACUGGCCCUUCGGCCCCGUGCUCUGCCGCCUGGUCAUGACACUGGACGGCAUCAACCAGUUCACCAGCAUCUUCUGCCUGACCGUCAUGAGCGUGGACCGCUACCUGGCCGUGGUCCACCCCAUCCGCUCCGCCCGCUGGCGCCGCCCUCGGGUGGCCAAGCUGGCCAGCGCCACGGUCUGGGCCUUUUCUCUGGUCAUGUCACUGCCGCUGGUGGUGUUUGCAGACAUCCAGGAGGGGUGGAACACCUGCAACCUCAGCUGGCCAGAGCCUGUGGGCCUGUGGGGUGCUAUCUUCAUCAUCUACACGUCCGUGCUAGGCUUCUUUGGGCCGCUGCUGGUCAUCUGCCUGUGCUACCUGCUCAUCGUGGUGAAGCUGAAGGCCUCGGGCAUGCGCGUGGGCUCCACGCGGCGGCGCUCAGAGCGCAAGGUGACCCGCAUGGUGGUGGUGGUGGUGCUGGUGUUCGUGGGCUGCUGGCUGCCCUUCUUCAUCGUCAACAUCGUCAACCUGGCCUUUGUGCUGCCCGAGGAGCCCGCCUCCGCCGGCGCCUACUUCUUUGUGGUCGUGCUGUCCUAUGCCAACAGCUGUGCCAACCCCUUGCUCUACGGCUUCCUCUCCGACAACUUCCGCCAGAGCUUCCGGAAGGUUCUGUGCCUCCGCAAGAGCUACGGCACUGAGGACGCGGAUGCCACGGAGCCACGGCCGGGCCAGAGCAGCCGGCUGCAGGAGGCCAUGCUGCCCGCACGCAGCUGCGAGGCCAACGGGCUCAUGCAGACCAGCAAGCUGUGA